AUGGCUGCAUCGGUGAUAAGAUGUUUGUGGUUUAAGCUGUCACAAGUGACCGCAUCGCGCUUACUUCACGAUCAGAUGUUUUCGGCUGUGGUUCGAACGAAGAUUCUAUUCUUUGACAAAAAUCCGAUUGGACGAAUUUUGAAUCGCUUCUCAAAGGAUGUCGGCACUAUGGAUGAUCAAGUGGCGUUCACAUUUUUUGAUUUCUUUGCGGGUAUCAUGAACUUUUUGGGUAUGAUUCUGGUGACAAUCCUGAUCAAUCCAGCAGUUUUCAUUCCCACUCUCCCGUUGGCACUGCUUUUCUUCUGCUUACGAUUCUUCUAUUUGUCAACAUCACGCGAUGUGAAACGUAUCGAAGCGACAAGUGAGUUAUUUGUAUUUUUUGUAGUAAGUCCGUUAUAUUCGCACAUUUCGGCCGUUAUGCAAGGACUCACAACCGUGCGGGCGUUUUCGAAUGAACGCCUCGUACUGAAGCAGUUUUAUGAUAGACAGGAUGUCAAUACCUCGGCAAAUGCGCUGACCUAUGUAACGGCUCGUUGGUUUGGAUUCACAAUCGAUUGUUUGGUGGCAAUAUUCAUAAUGGCCGUUGCUUAUGCUGCACUCUAUUCGUCGAUAGUGUUUCAAAGUGGCGACGUGGCGUUGAUGUUAAUGUACGCGAUUCAAUUAACCGGAUCGUUUUCGUGGGUUAUGAGGCAAAGUGCGGAAUUGCAGAACUCGAUGAUUUCCGUCGAGCGAAUCUCCAAAUACGCCGCAUUACCAAUUGAAGCGGCUGAACGAAAGGGAAUGAAACCACCGUCGAAUUGGCCAUCCAAUGGGCAUCUGUACUUCCAUAAUGUUUCGAUGCGUUACGAAGAAAACACAGAGUUGGUGCUGAGAAAUAUUGAAGCUGAUAUUCAACCAAAAGAAAAGGUUGGUAUUGUGGGUCGAACUGGUGCAGGGAAGAGCUCAUUACUGCGGGCGUUAUUCCGUCUGACCGAAUUUGAUGGUCUCAUUAUGAUCGAUGGAAUUAGUACGAAAUCAUUGAUAUUGCAAGAACUUAGGAAAAGAAUUUCGAUCAUUCCUCAGGAUCCGGUACUUUUCAUAGGUUCAUUGCGAAAAAAUCUCGACCCCUUCGUCGAAUUCACUGACCAACAACUGUGGAGUGCACUGGAUCAGGUUGAACUGAAACUUGCGAUUAGUGAGUUGACAGACGGUCUCGAAACGCAUACGCAAGAGGGUGGAACAAAUUUCUCGGUGGGUCAACGACAGUUGAUAUGCCUGGCGCGAUCGUUGCUUCGUAACACGAAAAUAAUCGUGAUUGAUGAAGCAACAGCGAAUGUUGAUCCUGAGUAA